GAGGGGCGGCCGGAGACGUUGGCGCCCCUCCCGCCCUGCAUCCUCGUCCUGGUCCUUCAGCCGGACCAACGCGGGCAGAAAGCGUCGCGGGAGCCGGGCGCCCCAGGUACUCGGACGCGGCGGAGCUCAGCCCACAAAGGCCACGGGCCUCGCUCGGCAAGGGGGCUGACUUAGUGGAUAAAUGGCAAGCAAAAAGAGAGAAAUCCAAUUACAGGCAGUCGUCAACAGUCAAAGCCUCUGGGAUGAGAUGUUGCAGAACAAAGGCCUAACAGUGAUUGAUGUUUACCAAGCCUGGUGUGGACCUUGCAAAGCAAUGCAAACUUUAUUCAGAAAACUGAAAAAUGAGCUAAACGAGGAUGAAAUUCUGCAUUUUGUUGUAGCAGAAGCUGACAGCGUUGUGACUUUGCAGCCAUUUAGAGAUAAAUGUGAACCUGUUUUUCUCUUUAGUGUUAAUGGGAAAAUUAUUUCAAAGAUUAAGGGUGCCAAUGCACCGCUCGUUAAUCAAAAAAUCAUCAACUUGAUCAAUGAGGAGAGGAAAAUUGCAGCAGGUGAAAUGGCUCGCCCUCAGUAUCAUGAAAUUUUGUUUGUGGACUCAGACACAGAAGAGGCUGGGGAAGCACCCUACGAAAGUGCCGAGCAAAUAUGCAGCAUUGCUAUUAUCAAACCUGAUGCUGUGAUUACUAGAAAAGAUAGAGAAAUUAAAGAAAAAAUUAUCAAGGCAGGAUUUGUCAUAGAAGCAGAGGAUAAGAGAGUGCUCACGGAGGAACAAGUAAGGGACUUCUACAGUCGAAUAGCAGACGAGCCUGAAUUUGAAGAUUUUGUCCGUUUUAUGACAAGCGGCCUAAGCUAUAUUCUAGUUAUAGCUCCAGGAAAUGAACGACAGCCUCCCUGGGAAGAAACUGAAGCUAAUCCUGAGACUGAACCCAAAGAACCAUCUGAAGAUCAAGAGGAGACAGCCACGGCGAUGAAGACAAAAUGGGAGAGCUUACAAGAAUGUCUGGAAAGACAACAUAUAUCUCACUUUUGUGAUGUUGAAGAUAAUACAACGGAUGUUAAUAAGUUUAUUGAUAUCUUCUUCCCUAAUUUUAAAAAUAUGAAAAGCAUAAAAUUAGAAAGGAUAAUGGCAUUACUUCGACCAGAUCUCUUUCAACAAAGGAAAGAGGAUGUUUUGGAUAUUAUUCAAGAUGAAGGCUUUAAAAUACUUAUGCAAAGACAAAUAGUAUUAUCGGAAGUAGAAGCACAAACACUGUGCAAGAAAUAUGAAAAUGAAGUUUAUUUUGGAAGUCUUAUAGAAAACAUGACCAGUGGUCCAUCUCUAGCCCUUGUUUUAUUAAGAGACAAUGGUUUACAACACUGGAAAGAGUUAAUUGGACCAAGCACUGUUGAAGAAGCCAAAAAAAAUCUUCCAGAGAGUUUAUGUGCACAAUUUGCAAUGGGAAGUUUGCCUAUCAACCAGUUAUAUGGAAGCGAUUCCUUAGAAGCCGCUGAAAAGGAAAUACUGCAUUUCUUUCCUCCUCAAAACACUUUAGCAGUGAUUAAACCUCAUGUAACACAUCAAGAAAGAGAGGAGAUCUUGAGUCUCAUUAAAGAGGCUGGAUUUGAUAUAACACAGGUCAAGGAAAUGCUGCUAACUGAAGAGCUAGCGGAGAAAAUUUAUUUCAAAAUAAAAGGAAAAGACUUUUAUAAAGAUGUAUUGGCAGUGUUAUCUGAGGGUCCGUCUAUGGUCAUGGUUCUGACCAAGUGGAAUGCUGUUUCAGAAUGGAGACGAUUGAUGGGUCCCACAGACCCAGAGGAAGCAAAACUAUUGUCCCCAGACUCUAUCCGAGCCCAAUUUGGAAGAAGUGUUUUGAAAAAUGCUGUCCAUGGAUCAUCGAACACCUACGAGGCAAUGGAGACCAUUAAUAGAUUGUUUGAAGAGUUUGUCUCUGAGAAUCCUGAGGAAAACUAAAAACUUUGAGAAGAUAAUACGUAGAAGAUCGCAUCAUCACAUAACUAUGUGGCACUGCUCCCUGGCAGGGAUAAUAAGAACGAUAUUCUCUGGAGGAAAACUCAAUGUUACCUCAAGUUAAAAAUUCACCUCAACCACGUGAAAAACACGUGGCUAUGCAUAAUAAUAGUAAUAGAAAAAUGUAACCCCCGCCAUAAUCUUUAUGUUUAGUUUUACCCUGUCUUUCAGAGGAUUUAAGGUGGCUUAUUUAAAUGCACACAAGAUUCAACAAAAUAUUUGGGGAGGAAUGUGGAAUAUGGGAAAGAAGAGAGUAGAAUAAAUUUAAUGAAGCCAGAAGUGAAGUUAUAGGCAAAAUGCAUGCUUCAAGGCCCUAAUGUAUGUUUACAGGUUGGCCAAAAUUUUGACUCUAAGCAUUCCAGCAGGAAAGGCCUGAAUGCUGAUUGUUGCACGGCACAUGUCUGUGCAGCUUGCUCCCCUGUACCUGAUCUCAGGCGUCCAUGCCCUCUAGGUCUGUGUGGCCAUGGCCCACCCCUGCCCACCUGACCAUCUGCCUGGGACAAGUGGGUGCCCCUGAUGUGGAGGCUGGAAAGGUUGUUAGAGCCAGAUCCUAUAUGGCCCUACUGCCCUUAUGAAAUGUGAGGCUUCUCUCCAGAUCUCUGCUUUUUCAUCUGCUCUCUCUGCACUGGGCAAGGGGGGUAGCUAUGGUCUCUGCCAACCCAAACUGCCAUCUCUGCUCUCCUCCAGGCUGCUACGCUGUGGUGGAGCCAUCCAAGCUCCAAGACUGAUAAGACAGAGGUUAAUUCUCUGGGACCCCUUUCAGGGGAGGUGGGGCACUGGACACGCACAGCAGCCGCUUCCCUCCCCUAGGAGAAGCCAAGAGGCAAGGGAUCUCUUUCUGACUGUACAGUGCUAUGCUGGAGGCAGGGACUCUAGGCAGAGGAUGUCCUGAAUCUCCCUACCAGCUUUGGUGCAUCUCGUUUCAUAGUCAGCUAGAGUACAGGAGCCUUUCGCUUAGUUUCUGCAUUUCUCACAAAGGGAAUUUGUCCAUGAAUUCUUGCUGAGUUGGUGAGUUUGUAGGAGGAAAGAUGGUCCAAGGCGUCCUACUCUGCCAUCUUGCUGACGUCACUUAUUGAUCGUUUGGUAACACAUUACUCACCUCAAAACUCAGAUGUUCUAACAUUCUGUUUGAGAAACACACCUGUGGAUAUUCAUCUGAAUUGUUACACUAUACAAAAUCUAGUUACGUGUGAAUGAUCAGUAAGGAUAUUUCUCAAUUUUUCUUCAGAAUGCAUUUCUUUAAAAAAAUUAGUGUAAAUCAAUUAUUGGCUUUCUUUGAACCGUGUAGAGAAAUAAGUAUAGUAAAAAUAUUCACUUCCUCACUUCCUUCACACUCCACACUCUCUCAAAUUCCAUUAUCUGCUGCUUUACAUGCCUGAUAGCAUGGGUAUUCCUUACAUGAUUGUGUUAAGUGGCUCACUGUUAUGAACUCAGAAAUGGUCCAGAACUUCAAAAACGUUAAAACAACACUCUCUUAAAGUUAAUAAUGCAUUUUACCAGUAGAUGGCAUGCUUCACUCAGUUGUCUAUAGAUGUGUACAUCUGAACAAAGAUUUUAUAAGCAAGACAUAGAGAAAGGCUUUUUCUUUUGGAUUAUAGAGUUAGAUGGAGGUAAGUAGUCAGAAAUCUAAUAAUCAACGUCCAAAGAGAUCCAUUCAAUUAAACCUUAGUUUGCGUUGGUCUUGAGGGGACUGACUUCAGUGGGGAGGACACAGCAGCACAGGCAGGCAUAAAGGGGCUAGGGUUGGCAGUCCUUGGAAAUAUCUUCUUGCCCCUGGGGAGAAAGGUUAGAAAAGUCUAGAGCAUUGUCAAGGCUCCAGCUAAGUGGGCUGAUUUUGAAUCUCAGCUGGACUCUAGGCAGAAAACGCAUGUCCUGGGCCAUUGUGAAUGAGGCAAUUGAGGACUGCCAAAUCGGUGGGCACAGCGUGGAGCUCUGGGCUGAGAUUUGUAGGCAUGAUGAGGAGCACAGGAUGGGGGGUAUGAGUCUGAAUACAGAGAGUGGCUAGGAAGGGAGGCAAUGGUAAGCCUGUGAGGGACGUGUCUCUAUCCCAACAGCCAAAGAGAGCUGGGGCUGAGGUCUGUGUCUUCAUGAAUUCCACUACACGGAACAGCCACUACCGUGUAGGACUGCCUCAGUCAUGCACCUUGGUCCUGAAGCCAGAGUUUCUUUGAUUGCCCUGCUUAACCCCUCUAGCCCCCUUCCAAAAUGAGACGCGAAGCAUUCCUGGUUGGCUUCUAAUACUUUCCAGCAUCCCCUACCUUAGUCCUGUUCCUUGUAAGCAGCUGCCCUGCAGAAAAUGGACAGAUUUCCCAAAAUAUGCUAUACUCUAUUUGAUGGCCCCUUUCCUGGACCCUUUGGUGCCCUUUCCUUCCACUGAAGUGGGUCCGCUGGUCCUGAUGCUUGCCUGGUCCGUCUGCACGCGCUCAUCCCUUGGAGCUACUCUGGAUGACCUCCAGAGUCACAUUUUUAUGCCUUCAAUAAAGGGAGAAAGUUGACUAA